UGCAAAUUGGUGCACCGCCAAACGUUUCCUUUUGGUGCACUACUGGAAGGCCAUUGGUCGACUGGGAAGGCAAUUUGCAUACACUGGGGCUUAAAGUCGCCCUGCAAACUCAGAGUUGGACUCAAAUAAGAGAAGCAGUACACCACUUGCAUCGUUUAAUGACUUUAUGGGCACUUAGCAUGGCGUUUUGCAAAACUGCAUCUGUGGGGCUUGUUUUCAUGCUUUUUUCCGUGUUUUCAUGCACGGUGAACAGCACAACCACAAGGUAUUUUACCUAUGAAGAGGAUGCACCCGGGACGGAGAUAGGCAAUUUAUCCCAAGAUUUAAAGAUCGAUCCGGCUGAUGACCUGGACACAUCUUUCAACUUUAUGCAGGAGAUCAACACAUCAGUGAUCCACAUGCGGGAAAGUGAUGGACUCUUGACGGUCGCGAAUGUGAUCGAUCGGGAACAGCUCUGCCCGAGGUCCCGUCGCUGCUUCAUCGCCUUUGACAUCGUGGCCCACUCCAGGGAGAAGUUUCAGCUCAUCCACGUAGAGAUCGAGGUGAAGGACAUCAACGACCACUCUCCUUACUUCCCAUUCAACGAGACGAGACUGGAGAUAGUUGAAAACGUCCCCCUGGAGUCCAGAUUCCCACUUCAGAUCGCUCUCGAUGAGGAUGUGGGUGAAAACUACAUCCAGAGCUACAACAUCUCCCCCUGCAGCCAUUUUGCUGUGGAAGUGCGCGAAUUAGAGGACGGAGUAAAGUUUGCAGAGCUGGUGCUGGUGAGUGAGCUGGACAGGGAGAUGGAGGACUCUUACACCAUCCAGGUAACUGCGUCUGACGGAGGAGCAACUCCAAUGUUCGGAUCUAUGACUGUGAACAUCAAAGUGUUGGACUUUAAUGACAACAGCCCGAGUUUCGAGCACAGCUCCUUGAAAGUUGAGCUCAACGAAGAUUCCCCGAUAGGUCACCGAAUAAUAAAGGUGCACGCCUUCGAUCCGGACCAGGGCAUAAACGGGGAAGUCGUGUAUGCUUUCCCGGACGAGCUGUCAACCGAAGCGGCCGAAACUUUCCACAUCGACCCUUACUCGGGAGACGUGACACUGAAGGCGCUGGUUGACUUCGAGAAGAGGACGUCCUACCAGCUGAGAAUCAGGGCCUCGGAUCAGGGCGAGAACUCUGUCCCGUCCACCUGCACGGUCGUGAUCGAGGUCGUGGACGUGAACGACAACGCUCCGGAGAUCCGCAUUAAGCCGAUGACCUCUAGCAGCGACGCGGUGGCCUACAUCACAGAAGCUGCAGCCGCGGAGAGCUUCGUGGCUCUGAUCAGCACCUCGGACAGAGACUCUGGCUCUAACGGGUACGUGCGCGUCAGCCUGCUCGGGCAUGAGCAUUUCAGCCUGCGGCAGGCUUACGGGGACACCUUCAUGAUCGUUACCACCGCUACUCUGGACAGGGAGAAGAUCCAAGAGUAUAACUUGACUGUAGUGGCAGAGGAUCUGGGAACUCCCCCCUUUAAAACGGUCAGACAGUAUACAAUCAGUGUAACAGAUGAGAAUGACAACCCCCCUUAUUUCAGUAAGUCUGUGUAUGAAGUUUCAGUUCUUGAGAACAACAUUCCCGGCUCAUAUAUUACCACUGUUGUUGCUCGCGAUCCUGACAUGGGGAAGAAUGCAAAAGUUUCCUACAAACUCCUAGACUCAGAGAUACCAGGAGACUCUCCAAUGUCCACGUAUGUUUCUGUAGAUUCACUCUCAGGCUCCUUGUACACAUUGAGGUCUUUUGAUUAUGAGACGCUUCAGCAGAUUGAGGUGGUUAUCCAAGCAGAAGACAGAGGCUCCCCCCCUCUUUCCAGCACCUCAAUGAUCCGGAUCAGAGUUGUGGAUCAGAAUGACAACUAUCCAUAUUUCACUUUCCCUCUCCUGCUGAAUAACUCUGCUGAUAUCCCGCUUCCGUACAAUGCCCCCUCAGGGUAUCUUGCCCUUCAUGUACUAGCCGAAGAUGUGGAUGAGGGGGUGAAUGGCGAGCUCUCCUACCAGAUUCUGCAAGGUGACCCUAAGCUGUUUUCCAUCAACAAAAACACUGGAGAAAUUGCUUUGAAGCAAUGGCUGACAGCUGCAAUAGGGGACGUGUUGGAAAUGAAAAUUACAGUCAGUGAUAAUGGCAGGGCCCCUCUCUCUAGCAGUGCCACUAUAAGGUUUGUGGUUUCAGAUGCAGAGCCCCCCGAAGACCAGGUUGUCAUUGUUCUACGGUCAAGUGAGGAGGAAGGCUCCUCAUUCAAUGGCUCACUAAUCAUCAUCAUUGUGCUCAGUGGGGGUUGUGCAUUCCUGCUAAUUGCAAUUGUGGCCGUCAGCCUCACUUGCAAACUGAGCUGUCGGGGGAGAAGAAGCCAUGGCAGAAAGAGAGAGGUGUGCCAGGGCCUGUUCGAUGGCAGGCCCCAUCCCAUGCUCAGCUCUGCAGAACCAAACAUUUACACAGGCCAGCAGGGGUUCUUCCAUGAGAGGGCGUCUUUGUCUCUGGAUGAUUCCUGCCUGUAUGAGGAGAGGAGCAGAGACUCAGAAUCGAAGAUCUUCCUGCCCUCCAAGCAUUUCCAGCCAACGUCUGUGUGGCAAGGUGACAGAUACUCCUUGCAAGUGAGCAGGCUCAGCAACAAUGACCAGCUGAGCGUGAAGGACAGCGGUAAAGGGGACAGUGACUUCAAUGACAGUGACUCUGAUAUCAGCGGAGAUGGAGGCAAGAAGAACUUCAGCACAUUCCAGCCCAGACUAAAAAGUGCUGCUAACAGCUUGUCUAGGGACUGCCAAAGUGCCUACUGUGCGAUACCACAGAGGAGCUACAGAAACUCCAGAGAAAAUGCCUACACAAUAGGCUUCUCCCCCAUGCCUGUUUUCAACAAUCCUCACAGCAUUAGGAAGGACUGCGGAUAUGGCACAAACCAGCCAAAACCAAGAAGCAGCAUGCAGACCUUUCUCAGAUCCGGGACACUUCCUUCCUACUUCCCACAGCAGCCGCACGAAGCUGGUGCUGGACAGCAGGCCACAGUCCACGAGGAGAUUCCAAACAUUGUAACGGUGGCUACAGAAUCUGAAGUUGCAACAAUCUUUUAGAAAAAACUGUGAAGGUAAUCUUAUUUAUCUGUACAUUGAGGAUGUAAAUAUGUUGAAGUCUGUAUUAUGCUGUUAAUUAAUUGCAGAUAUUUGUUUAUGAGGAAAAUUAUCAUAUAGUGGUUUGUUUAUUGGAGAUGCACUGGUCAGGCUUUUCCUGGCUGAUUCUGAUUCUGAUUUUGGUUUUGUUUUUAUUUUUUAUUUUUGACCUAGUCUUUAUCUGAUUUUUAUAAAACUUAAAAAGUCCAUUAAAGUACAGGAUGUUGGUUUUUGGGUUACAGACCAAGAAUGGUGGGAUCUCUUUGUUUUGAUGGAUUUAAUGAAAAAGAAGGAAAAUCAUAUUUUUUAGUGUCUGACCUGCUCAUCACCAAUCAGAGCCAGUCAAAGAAAAACUCUCCAGUUCCACUCAGUGGGAGAUUGAUUGGUGCACCAUCUUCGGUUACACAUGUUUCAUUAUUUGAAUUUAAGUAUAUUGUUUUCUGUGGUGCUCAAUGCUGUGUUUCUGCUGUUUUUUGUCAAAUAAAAUUUCUGAAUUAAUAAAAGUUGCCAGUUAGCAGUUUUCCUAAAUGCAGUGAUGUGAUUAAAAUUAAUGCAAUGUAACAAAAAAUCAUUUUACUUAAGGAGUGUUAGAUUAGGAAGAUGGGAUACCACUGUGGAGACCCUCCCUUGUUUUAAUUUUUUGUAAACAUGCAGAACACCCCACCCAGUUUUGGAUCUACAUCAUGAAAACUCCAGUCAGAGCUGAUCAGAUGAGCAAUCCAGUGCUCUCCUCCAUUACCUCGGAGACUCGCUUUGAAGACUCCAAGGUUGUUUCAUUUGGUCUCUGGCAUGCAAAUGAGCAAAAACUGAUCUGGUGCUCCUGUGGAAAAGUAAAGUAUAAAGCAAUAUCCCAACAUAAAAAAAAAAUCCUGCCGGGGUGCUGUCAUAUCAACGCCUGUUCUUUAAAAUAAUUUCCAUCACUGUACACAGCACAGCACCACGUAUUACGCUUGACAAAUUUAUACCUGUCAGUUGUUGCUGUGGGGUUGAGCCUUUUAAUGAAUUCCUCUGCCUUUGCUCAGAAAAUGAAAAAAAAAACCUACACAUGUAUAAAGUGAAAUGUAAUUUUUUAUGCCACUCUUUGAGUCCUCUGACACUUACAAGACACCUGCUUGCUGUGCUUUACUAUUAGCUUUUCCAGAGCUGGUUACUGUUUGCUGGUUUAAUUCAACCGUGAACAUGCAGGGCAAGUACAAACUGUUUCUAGUCCUAAAUGAUUUAUCGACGAGACGCAGAUGAGUUUUAAAAUCUAUAUCCAACCCUGCCGGCAAGCAAAGCCCUGGAUUCUGAACACUGGUUGUUUGUAGAGCUACGCAUUUAAAGAACAUUGCUGUUACUUUUUCUUGAAAAGCUCACAUAGUUUUCGUUCACCCUUUCAAAUGCAGAAUAAAGGGUUCUUGCACA